CAUCUGACUAUCAUCAUCAUCAUUAAAACUGCCUAUUAUCAAUAUGGGAAGACAGAAGGUAAUCCUGGAAAAGAUGGCUCGGAUCUUUCAGAUUCGGAACAUGCUGAUGAGACAAGCACUGGCAGAAUGCCUGGGCACCCUCAUUCUAGUGAUGUUUGGUUGUGGUGCUCUUGCCCAGCAUAUUUUAAGCGGAGGUUCUCAUGGAAUGUUUCUGACAGUGAAUUUUGCAUUUGGAUUCGCUGCUACAUUGGGAAUCCUGGUUUGUGGGCAAGUCUCAGGAGGUCACAUAAACCCUACUGUGACCUUUUCUCUCUGUUUGUUGGGGAGGGAGCCCUGGAGGAAAUUUCCCGUUUACUUUCUGGCCCAGACUGUGGGGGCUUUUCUUGGAGCUGGAAUAAUAUUUGGCAUGUAUUUUGAUGCAAUUUGGAAAUUUGGACAAGGUUCUCUUGAUGUUGAUGGGGUAAAUGCAACUGCUGGAAUCUUUGCUACGUACCCUUCUAAACACCUUACUUUGCUAAAUGGAUUCUUUGAUCAGAUGAUCGGCACGGCAGCUCUGAUCGUGUGUAUCCUUGCCAUUGUUGACCCUUACAAUAACCCCAUCCCGCAAGGACUGGAGGCCUUCACCGUGGGCUUUGUGGUUCUGGUGAUUGGUCUGUCUAUGGGAUUUAACUCAGGCUAUGCUGUAAACCCAGCCAGAGACUUGGGACCACGGAUCUUCACUGCAAUUGCUGGAUGGGGCUCAAAAGUGUUCUCAGCGGAGUCUUACUGGUCCUUUGUGCCAGUCUUUGCCCCAUUCAUUGGUGCUGUGUUCGGUGUGAUGGUGUAUCAGCUGAUGGUGGGAUGCCAUGUGAAAGGAGAAGAAAGAGAUAAAAGAGAAGCGGUGGAAAGAGAAGAGAAGGAAAGACUCAAACUAUCUGCCGUUUCUGAUAAAGAUGCAGCAUAA